UUGCAAUCGGAUGCAAUUUCGAUCUUGAAGAAAGGUGCAAUCAUUUUUAAAUUUAAAAAAAUCUAAUUCAUUUUGAAAUAGUGUUUACGUUAUUUUCCUCAAAGACAGUUUUUAACUAAAAAAAAUUCUUUACCAUGAUAAAAUUGAAUUUUUUGGUCGCUCUACUUUUUUUCUGUUUUGAGGUCUGUGCAAAUUCUGAUUUAGAUAAUCGGCUGACUUCUGCCGCUGUAGAAGGCAAUAUAGAAACAAUCAAAACUCUUAUCAAUGAUGGAGCAAAUGUGAAUUUCGAAGAUGAAUACAAACAUACGCCACUUCACUGGGCUGCUGUCCAGGGUCAUGCGGAAAUAAUUAAAUAUCUAAUAGAAAAAGGUGUUAAUGUAAAUGUCGAAAAUUUAGACAAAAAUACACCAAUUCACUGGGCUGCUUGGAAUGGUCACAAGGAAGCAGUUAAAACCCUAAUCGACCAUGGCGCCAAUGUAAAUGCUGAAGAUAAAGACAAAGCAACACCACUCCAUAAGGCUGCUGAGAAUGGUAAUUGUGCUCUUUUAAAAAUUUCUUCUUACUUUUCGUGCUUCUUAGGUCAUACAGAUACAGUCAAAUAUCUAGUCAAUCAUGGGGCAAAUGUAACAGCUCGAAAUAAUCAAAAUAAAACACCACUAGAAGUGGCGUUAAAACUUGGUCAAGAGGGAGUUAAACUUCUGACGAAACCAGAGAAAACUUCAAAGACAAAAAAUGCAUGUAGUCAAUUUCCCCGAAUUGAACCAGUAACAUCACGUAUUAUAGGGGGCGAUGUGGCAGAAAAGGGUGAAUUCCCUUGGAUGGCUGCUUUAGUUUACAUGGACAAUUUCAAAUUAAGUUUCGGCUGCAGUGGUACCAUAAUAUCGGAGUUUUAUGUAAUGACGGCUGCGCAUUGUGCGAGAAAGAGGCGUCCACCGGUAGCAGUUCGAUUGGGAAAAGUAAAUGUAACCGAUGAAUCUCGCUCAAAUUAUCAAACAGAUUAUUAUAUAGCAAAUAUCAGACGACAUCCAAAUUAUUCGAGUUUCACAAAAAAGAACGAUAUUGCAUUGCUUCGACUCACGGUACAGAUUUAUUUCACCAAUACAAUUAGACCGGCUUGCUUGCAUACUGAUAUGGGUGAUAUCGAUAAUAGCACAAAAGUAAUUGUGACCGGCUGGGGCAUCACUGAUCCCGAAAAGCCGAACUCUCAAUCAAACGAGUUACUUAAAAUUAAGAUUAAUACAAUGCCGUUAAGUGAAUGCAACACAAUCUAUACGAAACAUGAUGUACUGAAGAAUGAAGAAGUCUUUCAUCUUGAUAUCGGCCAGUAUUGCGCAUACGAUCCGGCUGGAAUAAAGGAUAGUUGUCAAGGAGACAGUGGAGGUCCACUUCAACACAUCCCAAAUAAUGAUGCAAACGAAGCCACAAUUGUUGCUAUCGUUAGUUUUGGCAAUGGUUGUGGUUUGAAAUUGCCUGGCAUCUACACGCGCGUCUCUCAUUAUAUAAAUUGGAUUGAAUCCGUUGUCUGGCCGUGACAUUUUUCUUGCAAAUUUUAUCACUUAUUUUAUAAACCAUUGAUAGCUUUCUGAAAAAUAUUUACUGUACGACAGACGAAGCUUGCUCCUAUCUUUACCACAAUAUAUACAAACGUGUAUAAAGUUGUUUUCGCCAUAAAACAAACGUAUUUGAAUAAAAAGACCCAAAUCAUAUCAUUUAAAUACAAAAUGGAAAUAGCACACGGAAGAAACAAAGAAAGACAAAAAAAUCUCUUGAUUUUGCAAUCACGUCAUCACAUUUUUUAGAUCGCAGGUCUACAUGUAUAUGUGUGUUUUUGAAUGAACAAGUAAGCACUUUUAAAAUAAUACAGUAAAAGCUUCGUUAAGCAAAUUUCUUUAUUAUCUCCCUUGUUCUUUCUCGUGUUUUUUUUUUCAUAACGCAAAUUAAUUUGUUGUGGAAUUAACAUUUUUUUUAUUAAAAACUGCGUCGAGCCUAUGCAAACAAAAUAUCAUCCACUCGUGCAAAUAAAAAUCCCGCUGGCAUUACUGUA